AUGUUUCUAUUUGCCAAGAUCUCCGUAGAUCUCUUUCUGGAGUCUGGCACAGAUGUACACAGGGUCCUUCAAGGGCUUUCCAUGAAUCUCAACACCAUUUAUGAUGAUUUACUCCAGAAGCAUGCCCGCCGUUCAAAGGUACCCUCAGAGCUUCAAUUACUGAUCCUUCAGUUUAUCACGCAUGUAACUCGCCCGCUGCGACUUCUAGAGAUUGCGGAAAUGCUGAAUGAUUACUUGUAG